GAAGUACAGAAGUUGAACCAGCAACUAGAAGAGAAAAACGGAGAGAUACAGCAGAUGAUAAACCAGCCUCCAUAUGAAAAGGAGAGAGAAAUCUUACGACUUCAGAAGAGCCUGGCAGAGAGAGAGAAGGCUCAAGCCACCAGUGAUGUUUUGUGCCGUUCACUCACUGAUGAAACUCACCAACUUCAACGCAAAUUAGCUUCCACAGCAGAAAUGUGUCAACAUCUGGCAAAAUGUCUAGAAGAGAAGCAAAGAAAAGAGAAGGGGAGUUCAGAUGACCAGAUACCCACCGAAAGACCUGAUCAGCUUUUAGACAAUGAAACUUCACUUCAAGCUCUUAUCUGCAACCUACAAGAUGAAAACAGGAUGUUAAAACAAAAAGUAGCUCAUGUGGAAGACUUAAAUGCCAAAUGGCAGAAAUACGAUGCGAGUAGGGAUGAGUAUGUGAAGCGACUCCACUUGCAGCUAAAAGAGAUGAAAGCACAACUGGAGCAGCAGCACGGCCUACCUUCAGCACCAACGAAUUCUGACCUGAUGCACAAGGAGAUAUUCCGGUUAAACAAGCUACUGGAAGAAAAAAUGAAAGAAUGCAUAAAAACAAAGAGAGAAUUAGAAGAUGUGAAGAAGGCUAGUGAAGGAGAUAAUGAGCGCAUACAAAUGCUGGAGCAACAGGUCCUGGUUUAUAAAGAUGAUUUCACAUCUGAGAGAUCAGACAGAGAACGAGCACAGACCAAAAUACAAGAGCUUCAGGCAGAAAUUGCAUGCCUGCAACACCAGCUAGCAAGAAGACAGGACUCAAGAGACACAAGUAGUCGUUUCAGAGUUCACACUGGUAACCAAAAUCAUACGUAUGUACAGACGAACGUUGAACAUCUACGAGGCAAUAGCCCAGGCCAAACAGGCACACGAAGGACAUCUUCACAGUCUGAACAAGCUUCUCCUCCUGUGGACAGUGGAGACUUGGGACUUGAGGGCAGGGCACAGGGUGAACUUAGAUGCCCUCAUUGUAUGAGGUUUUUCAGCGAUGAACUCAGCGAUGAAUUCCUGAAGCAUGUUGCUGAAUGUUGCCAGUGA